ACAGGCUCGGACCAUCCUGAUGCAGUCCAGUCUGCACCAAACUCAGCUUGCCUCGAUCUGGGAUCUCUCUGACGUGGAUCACGAUGGUCUUCUGACGGGGGAGGAGUUUAUCUUGGCCAUGCACCUGAUUGACAUGGCCAUGACAGGGCAGCCCCUCCCACACACCCUGCCCCCAGAGUUGGUCCCGCCCACAUUCCGGAAGAGGGGUUCGAUUGGAGGAUUGAGUGUGACAAGUGCUCAGAGUAGCCCAGAGAGGCGGGUGUCAGAGGACUCAUACCAGGAGGACCAGCAGGGCAGCAAGCUCCCAGUGACCCUGGAGGACAAGAAGCGUGAGAACUUUGAACGAGGGAACAUGGAGCUGGAGAAGAGACGCCUGGCCCUGGAGAAACAGCAGCGGGAGGAGAGAGAGAAGCGAGACGCGCAGGAGAGAGAGGAGGAGGAGAGGAAGGAGGAGAGGAAGGAGAGGGAGCGCGCCGAACAGGAGAGGUGCAAGCGGGAGGAGGAGGAGAAACAGAGAGAGGAGGAGAGACGCAAGGAGGAGGAGAGGCGCAAGGACUUCGAACAGAAGGAGGUGGCCCAGAGGGAGCACGCUCGUCAGCGUGAGCUGGAGUGGGAUCGUGUUCGGCGUGAGGAGCUGCUGGCCGUACGCCGCCGCGAACAGCAGAGUCUCAACGAGCUCCGGGCCAGACGCAACACAUACCGCAGCCAGCUACAGGCCUUGUGUGAGAAGAAACAGCUGCUGGAGGGAAAGCUGAAGGAUGUUCGUUUCCGCCUGUCGGCUCUCAAACUGGAGACUGACACCACCAACCACACCCGCGAGCAACGCAUCUCUGAGAUCAUAGAGCUGCAGAAACAACUACAGGGAUGUCAGCAGUGGUUGGGCAGUAUGAUCCCUGACAAGCAGCACCUGAACGAGCAGCUCAAGCAUACACAACUCAACAGCCUGCACAACAACACCCUAGUGAUGCUGAGGAAAGCGGUUGAGCUGAAGCUGUCGUCACGGCAACAGCUGAUAGACCAGCUAGAGAUGGUGGAGGAGGAGACCCGUUCCAAACUGCAGGAGAUCGAAGCCUUCAACACUCAACUAAAGGAGCUGCGUGAGAUUCACAGCAGACAGCAGAAGAAGAGAGAGCUGGCUGCAGACACCACAGCGCCCCCUCUGGCCUGGAUGAACAGCGUGUGUGAGGAGAAGGGAGAGACGGAGAACAGAGACCUACACAACCAGCACUUUCCCAAACAGCCUGAUACCAGCACAACACAGUCUCCCUCGGCUGCUGUGGCUCAGGAUAAGGUGAGGGUUGUUUUCUUCAGAGCUUUAUAUCCCUUCAACGCCCGCAGUCAGGACGAGAUCACCAUCCAGCCUGGAGACAUUAUCAUGGUCAGAGCUGAGUCGGUGGAUGAGAGUCAGGCAGGUUCUCUGGGUUGGCUUGGGGGGGAGUUGAAGGGGCGCACUGGCUGGUUUCCUGCCAACUACACAGAGAGGAUCCCAGACUGUGACGUCCCCCCAGAACUUAGGCCCGCCACUCCCUCCUCUUCUUCCUCCUCCUCCUCCUCUUCCUCCUCCUCCUCGAAGCCAAACAACCCAGCCCAGCCCCCAGAGGCCAAGCCUGCCCUGCCCCCCGUUUCCAUGGCAACAUUCCCUGUGUCCGAGGCCGCCCCCUCCUCAGGCUCUUCCACUGGUUGGGCAGAUUUCAGCUCUGCAUGGCAGCCCAGUGAGCAGUGUGACACUCCUGUUGAUGGCUCUGACCCGUGGCCGUCUCAGCCCUCUCUGUCAGUGGCCAACAGGGGGCGCCCUCUCCACCAGAGAUCAGCCUUCACCAGAGCCACCCUCAACACUGCCAACCCCUCGCCCAUACUGGGACAGGGUCAGCGUGCGGAGGGUGUGUGUGUGGAGGCGGUGUACGGCUGGCGGGGGAAGCAGGGGAACCACCUGAGCUUCAGUAAGGGGGCGCACAUCCGCCUGCUGGAGCUGCAGGACCUCUGGUGCUUCGGGGAGUACCAGGGUCGCCGCGGCUGGUUCCCCAAGUCUUAUGUCAAACUCAUCCCCACCAGCUCUGAAUUAGCAGCAUCUGAUCCUCCAACUUCUCCAAGUUCAUCUAGACGUGCAGAUGCUGGAGAAGAAUACACGGCGAUGUUUACCUACGAGAGCAGCGAGCCGGGUGACCUCACCUUCCAGAAGGGUGAUGUCAUCACUGUAAUGAAGAGAGACGGCGAUUGGUGGACUGGCACCAUCAAGGACAAAACGGGAGUCUUUCCAUCCAAUUACGUCAGAUCCAAAGACGCCAAGGGUCUGUGUCCCUCAGGAAAUGCUGGUGUGAUUGGACGGAAGCCAGAGAUGGCUCAGGUAUUGGCUCCGUACUCAGCCACAGGAGUGGAGCAGCUCUCUCUGCUGCCUGGACAGUUUGUCUGCAUCAGGAAGAAGAACCCAGAGGGGUGGUGGGAAGGGGAGCUGCAGACCCAGGGAAAGAAGCGGCGGAUUGGCUGGUUUCCAGCCAAUUACGUGAAGCUAGUGAGUCCCCACAGCGGAGUGACCACGCCCACUGGGGGCACCUCUCCUAAACCCCACAUACCCAGGCCAGUGUCCGUGUGCCAGGUGGUGGCGCUGUUUGACUACACGGCACAGAAUGAUGAUGAGUUGCCCUUUGGGAAAGGUCAGGUGAUCAACGUCCUGAGCAGGGAGGAUCCUGAUUGGUGGAAAGGGGAGCUCAAUGGUUCAUUUGGUUUGUUUCCUGCCAACUAUGUCAAACUGACCACCGAUACGGACCAGCAGAGAGGACAACAUCUCCCAUAAUCCCUGUUAACAUUGUAACUCCCCUUCUGUGCUUCCCUGCCCAAUGGUUUGAUGGGAGUUGGAGUUUCUGCUGAACAGGAACCCUGAGGCUGAACCAAUCCGCUGCUCCUCUGCUAGAACAUUAGUCUGUGACGCGAGUCAAAGAUAUGCAAUGGAUUUAUUUAUUUUUCAUGUUGUAUUUAUUACCCUUCUCUGCCAGU